ACCGAGCAACAACAACAACAACAAACGAGGCGUCUCAAUUUUUUUAUCGCAUUUGACUUCAGACCGUGUACAGACGGCGAUAAACGGAAAAGUCCAUUUCUGUUACAUUUUUUGAUUGAAACGUUUGUAACCCCUUCUUAUAAAAAGAAUGGUUUUUUGCGUUGAAGUGCUGGGAUGGGGAAUCACGGCGGUGUUGGGGGCCAAAUUAUUACACAAUGUCUGGCAGUUCGUUUACGCUGUUUAUUUGGCUAACGCCCUGGGACACAACGUCGUCGCCAACAUUAAACACUAUGGCCCUUGGGCAGUGGUGACGGGAGCAACGGACGGAAUAGGAAAAGCUUACGCUCGACAACUGGCUGCCUUGGGAUUAAAUAUUGUUCUGAUUAGUCGAUCUCCAAGUAAACUUCAGCAGGUUUCUGACGAGAUAAAGCGAGAAAGUAAGACUAUCCAGAUCAAAACGGUGGCUGUUGAUUUCACGAAUGGCGAUUCCAUUUACUCCACCCUGCGGAAAGAGCUAUUUCAAAUAUCCAGAGAUAUAGGCAUACUUGUUAAUAACGUUGGCAUGAAACUGCCGACCUGCAACGUUACCGACGUCCCUUCCGGCGAACAAUUCGCCGAUAUAAUCAACUGCAACAUCAUGUCGAUGGCCCGUCUAACCAAUCUACUUCUCCCAGCAAUGAGGAAACAAAAGCGGGGAUUGAUUAUCAAUAUUGGGUCCGUUGCCGGAACAGGAUUUGCGCCAAUGAGAGCGACCUACGGAGCCUCGAAAGCUUUUGUCGACAAAUUCUCGCGCGAUUUGGCUGCCGAAUGUCGUUCGGACGGGAUCGUGGUCCAGUCCAUACUGCCGGGUUACGUAGCAACCAAAUUGCCCGGACUGAGUGGCAAAUCCAGUUUCGACGUCCCGACGGCCGAAGCGUACGUGCUGGCUUCGAUCAACUCCAUCGGAGUGGAAACUAGAACAGCGGCUCACUGGUUUCACAAAAUACUGCUGUACUGGACUGAAGUCUUGUACUUUUUUGCGCCCAACGUUGUCCAGAGAUUGACAAUCAAAUUUAUAGGACGUAAGGGAACGAUGACCGUUACUGACAACAGCAACAGCAGCUCAUAAUAAUGCCAGUGAUUGAUUUUAUUCAAUGAAUUGCUACCAUAUGAAUGCAAGUUAUGAGCUAUUUGAAAUAAAGUCUCUUUUUAAAAAUGAA